AUGGACCAAGCUACGAGUCCAUUCGUGCCACUGGUACUGUUGCCGCAUGAUGCUAUUCAGUUGACGGAAGUCGCUUACGUCUUCGUCCAGCGUCAUGUGGAGGCUUACGAUCGGCACCUGCAUCAAGACUGCGAACUAAUCGACAAGAAACAAUGGAGACCGAUCCAGCAGCGCGGCGACGUGCAGGUUUUCCUGGCAGUGCAAAGCUGCAAGCGAUCGGAGAGUGCAAAAGAAUCGGGUGUCCGUAAGCAGCAACAGUAUACAAACUCGGCAGCUUUGCCCGAACUGUUGACCGUGGGUCACGUGGGUGGCUCUCUGGACGAUGUGAUGCUAGGCGCCAUGACCCCAACGAUCGCUUCGAUGCGGCUCAAACACUUCUACGCGGGGAUCGAACUCAACGAAUGUGCUGUGUUGGCGACGAUUGAUUGUCCGUCACCUGCGGACCCCUUCCAAUCGCUCAACAUCAAGUGGGCUGAAGGGUACCAGCCUCCAAUGGUCCGCUCGGUCGCACGUGACCGUGACUUUGUGUAUAUGGAGGCGACGGGUUUCGCGAAACUCCGUGACGGCGAAGAGGUUGGCUACCACCUUCUUCACUCGGUGCACUUUCCUCAGACGCCAAAGGUAGGCAGAAACGUUCGAGGAACCAUAUCCAUGUGUGAGCUGUACAGACAACGGAACCACAGCACCGUAGACCUGUACGCUCGAGCUUUGAUGGAUUUCGGAGGACGACUUGGUCGAUCAUAUGCAGUCAAGUGUGCAUCGACAGCACUCCUUUCAGUGCGUCACGUGGUCCGUUGCGCCCAUUUGAAGAAGCUCGCGUGGCUACUGAGACUAAGUGAUCCGACCGUGGUCUUCCAAGGAGAGCUGAAGUGCAUUGACUGUCGUCGGCGGCCUGGUCUUUUCGUCACCGAUAUCGGGUCCUGCGCUCUUUGUAAACGCGCCUUGUGCAUGUCGUGUAGAUUGAAGAUCGAGCUGGGGUUCGUCGGUCUGACAGGAUGCCUGGCAAAGAGGAAGCUGUGGUUCUGCAAGUACUGCUGGGACGAAGCAGCGCAGACGAGCUCGCGUGUUGCUGCAAUCGAAGAGUAUGCCGAUACGAGGUCAAUAGAACAAAGUGGAUGGAGCAGUGACUCGCCAUCCAACAGCGCGCUGUCCAACGCAGGACGUGGCGAUGUUUGGAGCUUUCUAGGAUGA